AUGGCAUCAAAAGCUCCAGAAUCGCCCCUCAUAGUAGACCUCAAAUCCUCCACAACAAAUCCCCCAGAAUCAUUCCCCGAGCAAUCCCGCGGCAACGCAACAUGGCACACCCUCGUCUCCGCCCCGGGGACAGUAACCGACUCCCUCAGCUCCGGCGUGGCGACCUGCCCGCCCAACGGCAGCCUGGCGCUACACCGCCACAAGCAGGCCGAGAUCUACUACGUGCUCUCCGGUAGCGGACAAGUCGAGAUCAACGGCGUCCGGCACGCCGUGUCCAAGGACCAGCUAGUGUGGAUUCCCGGGGACGCGGAGCACGGUGUGUUUUGCGACGGCGGGGAGACCAUGACGUGGCUUUAUGUUUUUCCGGAGGGCAGGUUUAGUGAUAUUGUGUAUCGGUUCAAGCAUGAGGUUUUGGGGGAGCCUGAGGUUCGCGCGAAGCUUUAA